GGCCGAAGAGGGUCGAGGAUUUCCGGAACGAGCCGAAAUAACUCCGACAGUUUACGGAGAGGGCCGAGGGGUUCCGAGCGGCAACGCGGAGGCGCAAACAUGGCGGCGUCCGGCGUUGAUGCGGCUGAGCUGAACGAGGAGCCGGCGUCUGCGGCCGAAUCGCUGGCCGCGGCCCGGGAGCGGAGCAGACGCUUCUUGAGCGGCCUGGAGCUGGUGAAGCAGGGCGCCGAGGCGCGGGUGUUCCGCGGCCGCUUCCAAGGCCGCGCGGCCGUGGUGAAGUAUCGCUUUCCCAAGGGCUAUCGGCACCCGGCGCUGGAGGCACGGCUCGGCCGGCGACGUACGGUGCAGGAGGCUCGGGCGCUGCUCCGCUGCCGCCGCGCAGGAAUAUGUGCCCCGGUUGUCUUUUUUGUGGACCAUGCUUCCAACUGCUUAUUCAUGGAAGAAAUUGAAGGCUCGGUGACUGUUCGAGAUUAUAUCGAAUCCACUAUGGAGACUGAAAAAUCUCCCCAGAGUCUCCUUGGCUUAGCCAAGACAAUUGGACAAGUUUUGGCUCGAAUGCAUGACGAAGACCUCAUUCAUGGUGAUCUCACUACGUCCAACAUGCUGCUGAAACCCCCCCUGGAACAGCUGAACAUUGUGCUCAUAGACUUUGGGCUGAGUUUCAUUUCAGCACUUCCGGAAGAUAAAGGAGUUGACCUUUACGUGCUGGAGAAAGCCUUCCUCAGUACCCAUCCCAACACUGAGACUGUGUUUGAAGCCUUUCUGAAGAGCUACUCUGCCUCCUCCAAAAAGGCCAGGCCAGUGCUAAAAAAAUUAGAUGAGGUGCGCCUGAGAGGGAGGAAGAGGUCCAUGGUGGGGUAGAAGAAUUCUGUGUGUGAUGACCACAGACAGUAAAGCUGUUCACUUCACAGUGCAUUUGAAUGUGAGAUUCAGCCUAAAUAAAGGUGAUGAGAUAUUUU